AUGCCUCCCACUAGUGUUGAUUCAGUCUCAAAUCCAUAUGAUCUUGAUGAUAGGGCAGAAACUCUCCUCAUAGCCGCUGGACUCGUCGAGGCAGGUGAAGACGACAUCGUGAUAUCUGCAUAUCCAAGCAGAGGCUAUACACCUGACAGUCAACAUAGCCAUGAUUAUUACCCAUGCCUCAGGGGCAAUGCGCACGGUCAAGCUGCCCCUGUGUACUCUUGCGGGUGCUACCGACGUAGUACAAAAGUUGAACAUACAGAUGCACCCGAACAACUCCAGGAACUCGGGCCUGAACAGGAGGUUGAUAGUAGUGGUGAAAUCCGGCCUUUAAAGCGUAAGAGGUCCGAGUUAAGCUUCGAGUCAGACUCUCUAGGAGAUUUGGUUAUGAUGCCACACCACUUUGGACGAAACCUGACCAAUAUCCAACGUGCUAAAUCAGUGCCGGCACUUGAAGGACUGAAGCGCAGGAAGCUGGGGAAGGUCUUCAAAUUAAAUAGAAGUGCAACUCACGAAACUUUGAUCCUGAAUGUCGUGAAACGUCUCGAAGCUGCCAUUGAUAGGCAGACGGAGGUACUGUCAAAGAUUUAUGACGGUGUUCUGGAGAGCCAUGCUAAGUAA